ACUAUACAUUGUGCACUGCACUCUCCGAAUAUGCACAGGCGGGUUUAGGUGUCUGUGCUGGUCAAGAGAUCAGCAUUGUGAACUUGUAAGUUAUAACUGUUAUUUGAGCAGCAGAGAUGUAAUGAAGAAGACAAUCGCAUUUGGUCGCUCGUUUCGGUUGUCAUAGAGAGUGUGAGGGAGUUGGCGCCAUGAGAGGAGGGGAUGCAAGGAACUGGGACGAAGAAGGCUACAGGACGAGUGUCAUUGAAGAGAGGGAGGCCCUAACCCUAACUGUAUUCCGUACCGCUUUUGCCCCCUCCCCUAACCCUAACCCUAACCCUGACAUCAUAGUCGCUGCUUGCAGUGAUGGCUCUGUUGCUCCCUUCUCCAUUUCCUCUUUCAUCUCCUCAUACCCAUCUUCGUUAAAGAGCAACGAUCAUCAUCAGCAUCUGCUUGAUAAUCAGGUGGCAGAUCCACUUUACUCUCUUCAAGGACAUCAAGGCCCAGCUUAUGAUGUCAAAUUUUAUGGUGAUGGAGAAAAUGCUUUGUUAUUAAGUUGUGGUGAUGAUGGACGUAUUCUAGCUUGGAGUUGGAAGGAAAUUCUGAACUCAGUCAUGCCUUCGGAUGGGAAAGGAAAUUAUUUUGAUCCAGUUUUCUAUUUGGUUAAUCCUCAGCACAAAGGUCCCUGGGGUGCACUUUCGCCGAUACCAGAAACAAAUGCCAUCAGUACAGAUGUUCAGGGUGGUCGCAUAUUUGCUGCUACUGGUGAUUCUUGUGCAUAUUCUUGGGAUGUGGAGACAGGUAAAUGCACAAUGGAAUUUAGAGGACAUUCGGACUAUUUGCAUUGCAUUGCUGCUCGGUGUUCCAGCAAUCAGAUCAUCACUGGUUCUGAGGAUGGAACAGGCCGAAUAUGGGACUGUAGAAGUGGCAAGUGUACCCGUGUUCUGAAUCCAACAAAAGAUAUGACAGAGGGGAAAGGUCAGAAGCAUGCCUAUCGAUGGGUCAGCUGUGUUGCUGUUGAUGCAAGUGAAACUUGGUUGGCUUGUGGGAGUGGCAGCAGUUUAUCCCUCUGGAGUCUUCCUACGUAUGAUUGCAUUUGGAGCUAUGAGACUCAAUUUCCAAUUCAAGAUGCAUUGUUUGAUAAGAACCAGAUUCUUGCGGUUGGGGCAGAACCAGUUCUUACUCGUUUCAACAUUGAUGGGAAGGUUCUGUCCCAGAUACAGUGUGCUCCUCAAUCAGCGUUUUCAGUUUCACUACAUCCCACUGGCGUUGUUUCGGUUGGAGGCUAUGGAGGAUUGGUUGAUGUUAUGUCAGAAUACGGGACCCACUUGUGUGCUUUCCAUUGCAGAGGUAUCUGCCUAUGAUGAGGAAACUGCCCUGUCAAGCUUAUUCAGCAGUCACAAGGUACUCAACCAAUGUAGGUGGUAUGUAAACAUAAUUCAGAGCUGGCAUGCUAUUCGUCAUUCCAUAAAUGCUCAAAAGGUCUCUCUCUCUCUCUCGCUCUCUCUCUCUCGUAUCUUAUGCAUUGGAGGUUGGUAUGAUCUUACUCUUUGUUUGGGGAGGCUAAAUUUUGGGAAUAGGGUCAUUUUCUCCCUCCACCCAUUUAGCAUUUAGAAACAGCCGAGCGUAAUAUGCUGCUAUAUUCACUGGUGCCUUCUUUUUGUGACCCCGCUUGUGAACAAGAUGCUGCUAAAACCCCAUUUGUAAAUUAUUUUCUUGCUCUGUGGAGCUGUUAAACUGUCCAAAUGGGGUUUGUCUUAUGAAAGUUAUAAUGUUUCACAAUUCUGAGCGAUUAUAGUUGUUGAACAAUUUUUGUUGUUAUUUUUUGUAAUGGGAUUAUAUAUUAUACGACCAUUUAGUUUUGAAAUUAAAACAAUCACAA